GUAAGCGUGAAUGCAAUAUAAAUUACGCGAAGUCUCGUAUCUGGAUAAAAUAACAUUAAAAACUUAAACUAGUACGCAAAUGGCCUCUGCUCCGGUUCCUUUACGCCCUUGGAAUUCCGCUCUCCAACAUAGCGACAGAGAACGCUGGAUUUGUAUCUACCCAGCGUACGUGAACCGAAAGAAAACUCGCCAGGAAGGUCGUCGUAUUCCGAAGGACAAUUGCGUAGAAAAUCCAUCUAUUCAGGAAAUUCGUGACGUACUACAGGUGCUCGGUUUAAGUGUGAUAGUGGAAAACAAACAGUACUCGCGGGAAAAGUCUAAGGAACUUGCUUUUAGAGGAAGGAUUCGUGUUCAGUUGAAAAACAACGACGGGAGUUCGAUACAGAAGGAUUAUCCGACCAGAGAUAGUCUUUUGUUAUACAUAGGCAAGAUGAUUCCACAACUAAAAACUAGACAGGGAAAAUCGACGGAGCCCACUCAACAGCAAGCCACAUCCAGUGGCUCUGGUGGACAAUCUCACAAAAAGGGUAAAGGAAAAAGGCGAUAGGAAAAAGUUGGUUUUUGAAAAUAUUUCUUUCGGUGAGUCCUUUCUGGUUUUCUGUUUUUUUUGUAUUGAGGAAAUAAUGUCUUAAAAUAGAUUAUUUUCAUUCAACUGGA